AAGUCGACAAAUGAUAAGCAAAGCCAGCCACCGUGGUAAACUUAACUACGCCGUCGUUUCGGCUAAUUCUAAAACGCAGUGUCCUGUUUCAAGAAGUAAAAGACCUACCGGGCCGGUUCAGUACUCUUUGUUGGGUUCUUUCUCGAGUGCUUUCAAAGGUCUCUGGGAAUGGCAACUACGGCUGCAUCAUCAACAGCCUCAAGAGGAUGGCUGAGCGACAUCUCGUCAAUGUCAUCUCGGAUUUAUUUCUUCCUUAUCAUUCUUCAGAUCCCUCUUUUCAGGAUUCCAUGUAGAUCUGGAAUGUGUUCAACUCCAAUUCAUGUCACAUCUUCCCAGUUGAUUGCAAGUGACAUCUUUCCUGUACCUGUGGUGAAGGCACUCCUGUUUCCUGGAGCCAUUGCAAAUGGCUUUGUCAAGAACAUGACUGUUCCAAGCUGGGACAACCUGUUAAACAUCUAUAACUUAACUAGUAUAAAGGAAGCCUCUGCAGUGCCUGACCUGCAGCGCUUAGAGGUUCUGGCGGGAAGCUACUUCUGUGUGGCGGGAGCACUUGUUGGCCUUCUAAAACCUGGAAGGAUGAGCAUGUUUGGGACGCUACUGGUAAUCUGGGGUCUUGUCAAGGAAGGGAUCUUGGGAAAGCCAGCAAAUUCUGAUCCUACAAAAGCUGUGUACGUAUAUCCAACAAUGUUGAUUGCACUAAUUUGUGCCUUGUCAUCUAUCAAGUAUGAUGUGAAGAAAGUUAUGAGAACAGCUCCUGCACGACCAAUUGCAAAGCCUCUUCAGAGCUCUUCCAAAUCUAAGCUGAAAUAAUUUGAAAUUCCAUUCUCUUGAGUGAAAAGUUUCACAUUUUCUUUUAUACUGAACACUUGUAACGGAUCAGCUGAAGUUUUCCCGUAGAUGUAAUUCCAAAAACCUCAUUUGCUGCUUAAAAUUUACUUUUUAUUUUCAAA